AAGACUCUCAGUUAAUCAAACUGCAAAUAACUUACCAUUCUCGAUGGCACCGAAAAUUCCAACUGUGUUCUUCAAAAACGGAACUCCCAUACCUGUGCUGGGUCUCGGCACUUGGAAUUCACCUCCGGGGCAGGUUACUCAGGCGGUGAAAGAUGCAAUCGACGUCGGCUAUCGCCACAUCGACUGUGCUCACGUGUAUGAGAACGAGCAUGAAGUGGGCGCAGGUAUUGGUGCCAAAAUUUCCCAAGGAAACGUCAAACGUGAGGAUCUGUUCGUCACGAGCAAACUGUGGAACACGUAUCACCGACCGGACCUGGUACAGGGCGCACUGCAGGUGACGCUGCGCAAUCUUAACCUCAAAUAUCUCGACCUGUACCUGAUCCACUGGCCGGUAGCAUACCGCGAAGGUGAGGUACUAUUCCCGCUACGUCCCGAUGGCAAACGUGUCCACUUUUCCGACGUUGAUUACGUCGACACCUGGCCCGCAAUGGAACGUCUGGUGGAGACGGGUCUAGUGCGCAAUAUAGGACUGUCGAAUUUUAACGUCCACCAAGUGCAGCGCAUCCUGAACGUGGCACGAAUCGCCCCAGUUACCAACCAAAUCGAGUGCCAUCCUUAUCUGCACCAGGCAAAGCUGGGUGAGUUCUGUCGUGCGCAAGGCAUCACCAUAACGGCCUACAGUCCACUCGGAUCACCGGCACGGCCUUGGGUUAAACAGGACGACCCCAUCCUGAUGGAGGACCCCUCGGUACGAAAGCUCGCCCAAAAACACUCCAAAUCUCCAGCACAGGUACUGAUACGCUACCAGAUGCAGCUGGGCAAUGUGGUUAUACCGAAGUCCGUGAGCAAACAGCGCAUUGCUUCCAAUGCCGACGUUUUCGGGUUUGAGCUGGAUGGCGAAGAUAUGCAGCGGCUUGCGGCACUCGAACGGAAUGGGCGCAUCUGUCCGGAGUCGUUCAGCUUCGGCCAUCCGCAUCAUCCGUUCGAGGAAGAGUUUCGCAAAGGUCGCCGUUAAUGCCAUCGGCAACGCAACGUCGCAACCUUUGGAAGUGUUUUAUGCCGCAUUGUUUAAAUCCGCCCAUAACACUUUGUUAACAGGAUAAAUGAUUUUUUUGGAGCCGUGCGUUAAUAAAUCCCACUCAAACACGCGCACGGUAUGACUUGAUUACGUCCCGUCCCCGAUGGUCAGGGUUCGGCCCUCAAAAACCCAUUAGCUGUCACGAGUAACGGCAAGUGGCAAUUUCAACGAUUUCAGCGGCUCAUAUUUCUUCCCAUUGAUUUAUCAUCCAACUCAUACGCACGAUUGGCGACGUCGCAUGACAUUCCACGCUGGAAAGAUGUCAUGCUAACGGAAGGAGCCACAUCUCGCCACGAAAGGCCACCCGAAAAUGAACAUAAUUUUAGCACUUCUUCACAUCUUUCCGGUCCCGUUGCUUUGUAGUAAUGCAAAGCAGGCAAGAAAAACCAGUCUUGCGCAAUAUGGCUGAUAGUUCCGGGUUUGCGAGUUUGCCCCAUCCCGUUUCCGGACUGAGUACGGAAAGGGUGUGGCCUAUCCACAUCUCCCUGUGGCUAUUUAUUCCCCUUAACGGAAGACUGCUCGGCACCGUGCCCGUAGGAAGAAAAACGAUCUAACCCGAUACAGCCUGAUUCCUGGAGCCGGCGGAAUAUUACCCAGCUCGCCCGUUUACCAAAUGCGUAAUUCAGCAGUAUGAAGCACCUUGGAAAAGACUCAUCCAUACGCAGCGUUUGUCCUCAAUCGUUAAAUUGGGGGAUUUUUUGUUCAGAUAAAUUGCGCAACGUAUGGCGGAUUUCAAGUCCCGUUAACCGGAGACAACGCCAUUCGGAACGCGCACUCCACCAAGAACGGAACACGCAAAGAAGUCGUCCCGCUUUAUUGACGGGCCAGUAGUUGCAUGCGGAGCCAGAACAGGAGUCAAAUUUUCGCACAGUAGGCGAACGUUAUUGCGCGCUACACGAACCGUACCCUAAAUAAACAUCCAAGUAGUAGAUGGAAUGCUUUUUUUCCCCCGUACCCGAUUCCCCAUCAAACCCUGUCCAGUCACACGCAGAAAAUCCAGCCUGGAUAGUUUUUUUUUUCUUUGGUCCCGAAAUGGCCCCCUGUUCGAGCCUCACAUUACACGUUUGGUUUCGAUUUUUCCCUGCUGAGCAGACAACUACCGCUGUCUUCCAGGUGCUCCACCUGUACUUCUCACAGACACACGCUUUAAACGUCGCGAAAAACACCGAACUCUGCCCUUCAAAUACCGUGUCACCGAUCGCUUUCCGGAACGCGAUCAAGUGCACCGAAAUUGAACGUUCCACUGCUUCCACGAUCGGUAUAUUGUUGUUUGUUGUUUGUGCUAAAAUUAUGAAACACCAUGACUUUGGCACUGUGCUGUGAAGGUCGGCACCAAUGAUGCACAAGGCACGGGAAAGCGGUAACGGCGAAGGAAGGAAAAAUGCAACAGGUCAGCGCAUUGGUUGCAAUUUUGCAGACAGCGAUGUGUUUAGGGCGAAUAAAUAUGGUGAACAAAAAGGUAUUUCUUACAUGUUUUGAAUAAAAUUAA